GCCAUCGGAUCGCUUCUUCGUUUCUAUAGGCCAAAAGAAUCCAUGUGAGGCUUACUUGCAGAGCUUGCUGUAUCAGUGACCAACCGAUGCGGCCUCGUGCUUUUGCUAAAUAUGCAUGUUUUACCUAUGCAUAUGUCGAAGAGCUUGAUAGACUGGACGUCUGUGACGGGUCUGCAGUCUAUAAAAGCAAUAGCAAUCUCACUGAAGACAUUAAGGAACUUUGACACGCCCUCCAGAUUUCAGUUCUCACUUAACCAUCGCCAUUCUCAUCAUGAGACUAUCCACAGUCGCAUUGCCUUUGGGGCUCCUAGCCUGCCACGCCCUCGCAUAUACCCAAAAUGCUUCAAUUGCCAUCUCCGAAGCCCCAUACACCUCUGCAACCUAUCUGCGGGAAGGCGUGGUCCAAGUACCCAUCGUCAACACCAGCAUUGUUCCCGUGACCUGCACCGAACUUCCCUUUGCCGUGAAAAAUGCGACCCUGUUGCCCAUUGUGACUCCCGACAAUUCCUCAUACACCUGUGCUUUUCUGGCACAACCGUGCGGCUUUGAUCUUGGAGAGGUUUCCCCUGAGCAUCCAUCUGCUACGUUUGAGUCUGCUACUCGGGCGGCUCAGUGCUGGUGGCCGUUUAACCCUGAUACUGGGCUGAGUUAUCCCAUCUAGAGGUGUGCAGGGAUAUCGUCCGAUGCUGUCCAACUGUAUCAGGUGCAAUAUAGGGAAGGAAAAUGGUUGUUUCGAUGUGUGGGGAUACAGUGAGGUCUAUUAUUAUUACAUUGGUGCACAUACAUACUUGAGGAGCCAUAGCUCUAUUCGUAACUUUACGUGAAGAAGGUUUGUGUGAAUUAAGUAGAGCUACCUGGGCGGGGCGUGAAGUAAGUCUUACAAGUCCCAGUCAAAGAGAGCCCGUCACAGGUAGCUUCACCAGAUAUUGUGUCAACUCUUUCUGAAUAGGCUUUCACGCAUUGCCAUUGGUUUCUUGAGUCAUCAGGGUGACAGAGAAUUGCACCUUCGCCAGAGCACUACAAAAUGGGCGUCACUCAUUUAUAUUAGCAUCCCCACGGAGUUGGCGCUCUUCGUAAUGUGACCUUUAGCAUUCC